UACUUCACUCUUCAGCUUCCAUGGACAAUUUUUUCUCCUCCUUCAUCUUCUUCUUCAGCCUCACUAUUCAACCCUUUCACCACUUACCUUAGCCUUUAUCUCAAGCUUUUCUGCCCUAAUUUCGAUUGAUUUUUCAUUUCUCUUACCUCAAGUUUCUAUUUUUAUCUUUCAAAAACCCUUUUUGGAUUCAGCUAAGUGUUGGGGUUUUCUGAAUUUAGCUAGAUAUACACCAUUCUGAUUCCAAAGUUGCACUCUUUUUGGAGAUUCCGGAACUGGAUAUAAACUAUGCUGAAUUGAGGGUUUUGUAGACUUGUUGGGAUGCCAUAUUGAAUUCAAAGGCAGUUUGCAAUUAGUCGAAUUCCCGAAAGACAUGUGGUCAGCCUUUUUACAGCUGAAAUGAAGAAUUUGCAGAGUACAGAGGAAUUGCAGUCACCAACUCAAGCAUCUCAUGAGCCGAAGAGUGAACCACCAAACAAUCACACAAGUGAUGCUCCCGUUGCCGACUCAGGUUCGGCAUCCGCCUCGAGCAAUGAUAACAAGAAAGUUUCGCGGCAGGAUAUCGAGCUUGUCCAAAAUUUAAUAGAAAGGUGCCUACAAUUAUAUAUGAACAAAGAUGAAGUGGUCAAAACACUACUGACUCGUGCUAAGAUAGAUCCUGGAUUUACAACUCUCGUUUGGCAGAAGUUAGAGGAAGAGAAUGCCGAUUUCUUCAGGGCGUACUACAUCAGGCUUAAAUUGAAAAAGCAAAUACUCCUGUUUAAUCAUUUGCUUGAGCAUCAGUAUCAUCUGAUGAAGGGUCCCAUGGCAGCAAAGGUUCCAUUGGCUCCAAUACAGAAUGGAAUCCAUCCAAUGCCUGUUAACAACCUACCUAUGGGAUAUCCAGUGCUACAACAGCCUCCGAUGGCAGCUGCGGGUCAACCUCAUAUGGACUCUAUGGGUAUAUCGAGCUGCCAUGUGGUUAACGGAGUCCCUGCGCCGAGCAAUUUUCAUCCCAUGAGGAUGAAUUCCGGAAAUGAUAUGGUGAUGGACCACGGUGGUCCCGAGAUGGCGCCGGUUGCUCCACCGAAUGGUGCAAUGUCAUCAGUGUCCGACAUGCCGGUGAGUCCAACAUCGGUAGCAUCCACCGGCCAUUUCCCCUUCACUGCAUCAGAGAUAUCAGGAAUGGGCACGGAUACAUCGGCUCUUGACACAGCGUUUACAUCGGAUGUCGCUACUUCGGUAGGGCUACAGCUUGCGGCGGACGGUGGUGCCGGAAUCUCAAGAUCACUUGAUCAAAUUCAGUGGAACUUUAGCCUGUCUGAUCUAACAGCUGAUUUGCCAAACUUGGGAGAUCUAGGAGCUUUGGGAAAUUAUCCUGGUUCACCAUUUUUGCCAUCUGAUUCAGACAUUUUGCUAGAAUCUCCAGACCAACAGGAUAUAGUGGAUGACUUCUUUGUUAAUUCUGAGCCACCAUGCUCCCAAUCAGAUGAGGAGAAAUCUUAAAUGAAGGUGAUGAAUCAAAGUUAUGUUUCACAUUAAAGAAAACAAAUGUUAGCUUAGGGGAAAAAAAAGAAGGAAAGAAGUUAGGACUAAUAAUAAAAAGUUAAAUGUCAUCUAUAUAGCAUAGUUGACAUGUAUAACAGCCUGAAUGAAAUCUUUAUCUAUCAUAUAAAUUUCUAUGUUAAUUAAAUUAAAUGGGUUUUAGAUGCAAUGUUUUGUAUUCUUUUGGGAGAGAUUUGUUGUUCAUGAAUAAAGUGUUGGGAACUGUGUUCUUUUGUAAUUUUAUUUUAUUUUAUUUUAUGCAUUUUGGAUUUAUACUCUUGGAUACUUUUGUCGGUGCCAAAUGUUGAUUUGACUUCUUUA